UCUGAUUCUCUUGGAGCUACGAUUUUUGCAGUGGUUUAGGGGGGAUCGUCGGGGAUGGCCGUCGAUACGAUGGGGUACGGGAAAAGGGAUGAACAGGCGGCCGUCCUGGAGGCGGCGGCCGUCGGGCUUCGCAGCUUGGAGCGCCUCGUAUUCCAGCUCUCCCACCAGCAGUCGUCGCCAGAUUGCCUCGAAAUUGCGGAUCAGACGGUGUCGAGGUUCAAGCAGGUGAUCUCCGUCCUGAAUCGGACCGGCCACGCCCGCUUUCGUCGCGGCCCUCUCCCCGCCGCAGCCCCGCCGGCGGCGGAACCGUCGGUAUCCCAAAAAUUAACGCCCGAUGUUCCUCCUCCGACGGUGGCGACGUCGCAUCAAACCGUGACCCUGGACUUUACGAAGCCCACUGAGAACUUCAACCUGUCGGCCACGAUGUCUGUAUCUAGCUCAUCUUUCCUGUCGUCUCUCACCGGCGGCGACGGCAGCGUGACCGGCAAGUUGCGCCCGGGACACUCUGUUCUCGUCCCCGCAGCCGCCGGAGCAGCGGUCGUUCCUUCAGCUGGGAAGCCGCCGCUCGCGUCCUGCAACAAGCGAAAGCAAGGGGCCGACCAUUCCCACUCCGCCAGCGACUUCAAGGCGGCCGCCUCCGCCGGGCGCUGCCACUGCACGAAGAAAAGCAAGAAGAACCGUGACAAAACUACCGUGCGCCUCCCGGCGAUAAGCUCGAGGAACGCGGACAUCCCGGCGGACGAGUACUCGUGGCGCAAGUACGGGCAGAAGCCCAUCAAGGGGUCGCCUUACCCUAGGGGCUACUACAAGUGCAGUAGCGUUAAGGGCUGCCCUGCUCGGAAGCACGUUGAGCGGGCGCCCGACGACCCGGCGAUGCUCAUCGUGACGUACGAUGGGGAGCACCGGCACGGCCAGAUUAAGACCUUCGUGGAGAAGCCGUCCGGUUGACCUCCUCCUCGUGGUUUACCGGUUCAUCUCCGCCGGCGACUACUCCUCUUUUUUUAUUUUAGGGUCGUUUGACUUGUAAAGAAAGAAAGCGAACGUGGAAUGUAGACUUUUUGACCGAAAGCGAAAUGCUCGGCUGUUUUUCGACCUUUAUUCAUUGCUGCCAUUAAUCCUUC